GAAUGUCGCGCAAGGAAGCACUCUCGCAGUUUAUCAAUCAAAUCCACGGACGUCCGGUGGUGGUGAAGCUUAACAGUGGCGUUGACUACAGAGGUGUUCUGGCCUGCUUGGAUGGGUACAUGAACAUUGCUCUGGAUCAGACGGAGGAGUACGUCAAUGGGCAGCUGAAGAAUAAGUAUGGCGAUGCCUUUAUACGCGGUAACAACGUCCUGUACAUUUCCACGCAGAAGAGAAGAGUCUAAAAGGAUUUAGUAAAUGAUCUCCAAUUUGAAAGCCAAA